AUGGGACUUUUGGCAAUUAUUCGAAAACAGAAAAUGAAGGACCAGGAGGUGCGGGUGUUGCUUCUCGGUCUAGAUAGCGCUGGAAAAACCACCAUCAUCAAUAACUUGAUGGGCAAAGAUCCAAUGAAAGUAUCUCCAACGAUGGGGUUCCAAAUCAACACUUUGCCCUGGAAAGGCUAUAGUCUAAACAUAUGGGACAUCGGAGGCCAGUCUUCGCUACGUAGUUUCUGGGGCAAUUACUUUGAUCGGCUGGAUGUAGUUGUUUGGGUUGUAGACGCAGUCAGCACUCUGAAGUUGGAGGAGCUGUAUCUGGAGUUGAGGGAGAAAGUAAUAAAGCAAGACCAGCUACAAGGGACAUGUUUUGUUGUUUUGGUAAAUAAAAUUGAUUUGGUGUCAGAAAAUGACCGGGAUGCUGUCGCUUCGGAAAUAAAGAAGGCUCUUCUGCUAGAACACGAAUUAUCGGCUACAAGGUACACCAUACGGGCAGUUCUGGGAUAUACUGGGGAAGGAUUGCCGGGAGCAAUGGAUUGGAUCGUCGAAAAUUGCGGGAAUUUACUGUGA